ACAUGUGACAGCAUGAAGGCGACAGAAGGCUGCAGCAACAAGUAGCUGUUUGUUCACGACUGCAGCAGCCUCACAUAUCUGAAAGCAUGCACUCUGUGUCAUCCAGCUCCCAAGCACUGGAAAACAUUUGAAAUAAAAGUUUAUGAGGUGCAGCAGAAAACUAGAUGUGCAGACGUGAGACUACCGGGAGGUGAUUUUGAGUGACAUUACGCACCGAUGUCGCCAGCAAAUGAUAUACUGUCCUGGUGACGGUGCAACAAGCAGCACGGAGGCUGUGGUGUUGCUGUGAUACUACCAAUAGGCGGGACUGUGGCUCUGCAGUGUGAGAUUGUGAGUCGCACAGCUGGAACAUGAGCGGAAGGCUGGCACGCGGUCCAGCUGUGAGCUCAACUGCUACACCAACACUCAUCGCAUCCAUAACUUGCCUCGGAGUGCGCCAGGAGAGGACUUGUGCGCACUUUAGGUUUGAGCAGUAAGGCUACAGAACAGCAAUUCGCAAACUCAGCUCCAACUCCGAAGAAGGAUCCGAGUGUUUAUGUGCUCUGAUGACUUCUUGUGGGCUUCGAUCACUGUCGCCUCGAACCGCCAGGACUUUGUGUUCCCACUUGGUAGCCGAACAGACGCUGUGAGUUCGGUGGUGCCGGUGAUGUAACGCUUUUCCUCCCAGAGCUCACCCCACAAUCACUACUGCGUCUCAUCUCAGAGCAUGGGACCCUUCAAACUCUAAAGCGAGAGGCACGAGAGUCAGACUGCAGAGAGGGAACCGAGGGGGAAAACAGAGACGAAGGAAAGGAUGGAGUCCAUAUUAUCAGAACAAUCUGCCACGGUGGACGAGCUGGUGGAGGCCUGCAUCCAAGCAUUUGAUGAGAAGGGCACUUUGAAGGAUGCUUCUUUGGUGCGCAUGUUCCUCAUGAUGCAUCCUUGGUAUAUUCCUUCCACUGACAUGGCUAAGAAGCUUGUGCUCAAAUCUCAAGAAGAGAGCUGCACUGCAGAGCGUCGAACAAAGAUAUGCCACCUGAUGAGGUACUGGAUUUCUGAGUUUCCCGCAGAGUUCAAUCUGAACCCGGAGCUGGCAGACCAGAUCAAAGACUAUAAAGACCUCUUGACCACCGAGGGCAACGAGAGGCAGAGUCAGCUCAUUGACCUCGACAGUGUGCCGUCCUAUAAAUGGAAGCGGCAGGUGACCCAGCGUGUCCCGUCCGUGUCCAAAAAGAGGAAGAUGUCCCUGCUCUUUGACCACCUUGAUUCUUGCGAACUGGCCGAACAUCUGACCUAUCUAGAAUACAAAUCCUUCUGCAAGAUCCUGUUCCAGGACUACCACAGCUUUGUGAUGCACGGCUGCACGGUGGAUAACCCCAUCCUGGAACGCUUCAUCACGCUCUUUAAUAGCGUCUCCCAGUGGAUCCAGCUUAUGGUGCUCAGCAAGCCCACAGCCCCGCAGAGAGCCGCUGUCAUCUCCCAUUUCAUCAGAGUGGCACAGAAGCUGCUGCAGUUGCAGAACUUCAACACACUGAUGGCGGUGGUGGGCGGCCUCAGCAACAGCUCCAUCUCUCGUCUCAAAGACACGGAGACCCACGUCAGCGCAGAGACCAACAAGGUUUUUAACAACUUGAUUGAACUGGUGACAUCAUGUGGGAACUACAGCCAAUACCGCAAGCGUUUCUCGGAGUGCUCGGGCUUCCGAUUCCCCAUUCUUGGCGUUCACCUGAAAGACCUGAUAGCUGUCCAUGUGGCAUUGCCAGACUGGGCCGACAAAGAGAAGACACGGGUCAACCUGGCGAAGACCCAGCAGCUGUACGCCAUCCUUCAAGAGCUGGCACUCAUCCAGACCACGCCGCCCAACGUCGAUGCCAACACAGACCUGCUCAACUUGCUUACCGUGUCUCUGGACCAGUACCACACAGAGGAGGAGAUCUACCAGAUGUCUCUACAGAGGGAACCUCGUAAAACAGCUCAGAACUCCAGCCCUGCCCCUGCACCUGACCCCAAGCCCACGAUGAUCGAUGAGUGGGCCGUGUCGGUGAAGCCCAACGCCGACCCGACCAUCAUCAAGAAGCACAUAGAGAAGAUGGUGGAGUCAGUCUUCAAGAACUUCGACACAGAUGGCGACGGCCACAUCUCCAGGGACGAAUUCGAAGCAAUCAGGAACAACUUCCCUUACCUCAGCAAGUUUGGAGAACUGGACAAGAAUCAGGACGGGCAGAUCAGCAGAGAGGAGAUGAUCGACUACUUUAUGAAGGCCAGCUCUCUGCUGAACUGCAAGAUGGGCUUCAUCCACACUUUCACUGAGACCACCUACGUCAAGCCCACGUUCUGCGAGCACUGCGCCGGCUUUAUAUGGGGCUUCUACAAACAAGGCUACAAGUGUAAAGACUCCCCCCGGUUGCCAGCAUUGUUGUCGGGCACGCUCGGCCUCGCCGUGUGCCAGUGCUCGUGUGCCUGCAUGACGUGUCGAAGCACUUUUCUGUCACCACUAGCGCUCCCCUUCGCCCCCAUGUUUCGGCCCGUCCCCCUGUCUGACCCCGUCUCUCGUCCUCUCUCCCUGUCUCGCCUCCUGUCCCGCCGGUUCUCCCUCCCUGCCCUGCGACGCCAUCGUCCUCCUCUCCUCACCCGGCACCUCUCCCUGCCGCCGUCUUUCUGCCUUCACGCGGACGCCCCGGCGGCUGCAGCCUGCGGGGUGAACUGCCACAAGGCCUGCCGGGGCCGCCUGGCCGUCGAGUGCCGGAAGAGGACCAAGAGCAUCAGCCACGAGACGCCGCCGGCCCUGCAGGCUCGAUCCUACAGCUUCCCUCCGCCCGCCAACACACCGCCCAGCCUGCAGAACACUGUAAUCGCUGAAGAGGACAUAGAGUCAGUGGAGGAAGGAGUUUUUGAUGUCCACCUAUAACCAGGAGCCCUGAACUGAAGAGCGCUUUUGACGAACAGGCCAGUGACAGUGUUCAGCUCUCAAUUUUAGAAACCCUCCUACGGUUGGUGUGCAAGAGGUCAAAUCAGCAACUGUCAGGAGCCAGACAGAGAAUGUGUCAGUUUUCCAACCCUCAGCUCGGAGGAGAAAUUGCACUGAACACAAGCCAGGAUACUUACAUGCUGCCACACAGUGGACACAAACCGCAACCGCACUCCCCUCCACCCCAACUCACAAGAAUGUGGUGACCAAUGUGAAUGGAUGUAUGUAAAAUCUUUGCAUUUUGAAGAGUGUUAGUGUCAAAUCUUACUACUAUAUAUAUAUAUAUAUAUCCCGAAAAAGAAUCCACAGAAUUGUAUUUUCUUGGUGGAAUGUUAAAGUCACUGAAGUUUAUAAUUUGAGCACACUUUUGCUGCAGGCUGUCUUUUCUUUCAGACAUAAAAUAGGUGCUGUUAUUGCCAAGAAUGUAAAACCUGCCACCCAGACUAAGCUACCGUCUCCUUUAUGGGAGAAGCUUUUUUUCUUCUUCUUUUGUCUAUCAUAUUGUUUUGAAGUACAUUUCAGCGGACCAACAAUGGGACCAAUUUUGAUGUCAGAUAAAAUAUUGUUGAUUUGUGGUGCCUGUCUGAAGCGUGACGACAAAAACGUCCAUUUCUACCAACAAAAGAAACAGCUGAAAUAAGUGUGUAGACAGCUAUAAGUAGGGGUUUUUUUGUCAUGUUUACCCGAGUAUCAGUAAGUGUCCUAUAGUUAUUGCUGUGGUGUUGUUUUCAGUGUGCAGUACUGUGUUGUACCAGUGCACUGAUAGAUGACCUAUCCUCUCACAGUACUGUGAAUGUAGCAGAAACCAGUGAAACGCUGCCGUCAGAUGAAGAACUCAUCCUUCCUGAUAAAUUUGUUGACAGCAUGAGAGCAGGAAACUGGCUCGCUUCCCACCGAUUCCAGUGUUAGUUUCUGAAGUUUUUCAGACUGUCAUCUCGAAUAAAACGAUCAAAAGGAUCACCCCAAAACUGGAGUAAUGAGGCUUUUCAUUUGACAGCAGCCUAUAAAAACAUUUCCCUUUGAAUCUAUUUUAAUGUAAGAUGUGUUUUUGCUGCCUUUAUCCUGCAUGCGUCGUCCUUCGCGGCUGUAUUCUGUCGCCAGACAUCUCUGUUGCUUUUUAUUUUCGUUUUUUGAUGUAGCACGCCGAAUUAUCAUUUAUUUAGGAAACAUGUUUUCCCGACAGUGGAAAUGUUCCUGCUUCUUUGUGCCUGUGGAGAGAUGAGUUCAGAAUCGCUGUGCCAUAUUGUCAACUGCUGGUUUGUCAUUGAAUGAGACUCCUCCCUUUUGCUGGUAUUUAUUUUUUCUUGUAUAAAUACAUAAAUAGAUGCUGGUCCUUCUGUGUCACUCCUCGCCUGACGCAGGAUGUUUUGUUGUUAUGCAGAAUGAUGCCAUGCUUUUCUUUGUGGUCUGUUCCCAGAUGAUUCCUCAGUAUUAAAUGCAGCGGCAUCUUUCUAUAAUGUGGUCUGGUUCAAAAAAAAAAAUCUGUGACUAAUAAGAGUGAUACUGAAAAAACAA